UACUUGCUCGAAGCUCAACAAUUUGCUGAGGCAAUACGCAGAGCUGGUCGCUUUACUGAUCUUUCUGGCUUCAGUCUACGCUGCCAGGACUGUCAGUGUCCUUUAAAGGGGCAACAGGCAGCUCGCCAGCAUGCCAUUGACACUGGACACACACGUUUUGGCGAAGUCCAUCAAUGA